AUGGAUGAAUUAGAAAAGAAAUAUUAAGAUUAGAUUAAUACUUUAUAAAAGGCCAUAAAGACAUAAAAUGAAGUGCUUAUUAAUAAGAUUCAAACUAUAAUCAAUUAAUCAACAUUAGAAGUGUUUCAAACACUUGAAAGUAACUUUGCUGAAUUCAGAUAAAAUUAUAGAGAAAUUAGAGAUUUUAAAUAAUAAGAAAAUGAAUUUGUUAAUUAUGAAUACUUAUGUGAGGAGAUUUAAAACUAUGCCAGCUUAAAUUUGAGAAGUAAUGUCAUAUUAAAGUUUAGCUUUGAGAGAAUAAAUUUCAAAUUCAAUUGGUGGCUUACAAGAUAAUAAAUAAGUUAAAAAUGAUGAUUAAUAAGUGUCAUCAUUAUUAGAUGUUAUGUAGCUAUUACUGAAGGCUGCAGAAUUGUACAUGAAAAAUUUAAAGGAAGCUGUGUCAUUACCUAGUCCAAUUGCUUUGAAAGAUAAAUUCAAAUAAAUUUAAUAGGUUGUUGGAGGUUUUAAAGAUGGAAGAAUAGGUAGAACUAUAAAUAAUGUUGAAAGUAUUUCAUUUAAAGAGAAUUAAAUACUUAAUUGUAGUUAAAUAUUUGACAUAUUUCCUUUAUUGAAUAAAAAUCAAAUGUUAAUUGCAACUUAUGAAAAUGAAUUGUUUUUAUAUGAUGCAAAUUUGAAUUCAAUAAUAUAAAGAAUAGAUUCAAUGAGAUUUGUACCAUGUUCCUGUUUACAAUUAUUCAAAUAGAAAGAUAAGAAUUUUAUACCUUCUAAUUUAAUGUUAUUAGGAGGAAGUGAAUUUGAUCCAAAUAUAUAUUUAUUUGAUUUAUAUCAUGGAAAAAAGAUUUAAACAUUUCCUGGACAUGAGAAAAGUGUUAGAUUUUUAUGUUAAUUGGGAGAUAUUAAUACAUUUGUAAGUUUGGGUAGAGAUUCAAAAAUGUUCUUUUGGAAUUUAAUAAAAGGAGAACCACAUUAGAUAUUAUCUAUUCCAACUAUUGAAAUUAUUGAAAUGUAAUUUUAGGUUUCUACAAAAUGCAUUUAUACAUUAAGUAUAGAUGGUAGAAUCUGUAUUAUAAAAAUAUCUGAUGAUUUAUUGAAUUUUGGAAAAGCAGAAAUAGUUAAUUUGAUUGAAUUAGCAUAGACAUCAAGUUUAUCUUAAAUGAUAAUUGAAGAAAAAUUAAAAGUAAUAUCUUUUAGUAAUGGAUGGUUGACAGGUUAGAAUUCAAUUAGAAUAUAUGAUGAGAUUCCAUUAUAAACAGCUAGAAAAAUGAAGAAAAUGUUAGAAAUAGGUUUGGAAAGUGAAAUUUCAUAAUUAAAUACAAUCAUUACAAAAGAGUAAUUGAUUGUAAUUAGUAUUGAUAAAAGUAAUGGAAAAUUAAGAGCAUUUGCUAAUGGAUAUAAUUUAAAUGUUAUUUCUAAUAGUUUAUAAGAUGUUUAAGAAUAGACUAAAUAAUCAAGAUGGAAUAUCAAAUUGUUUACUAUUAAUGGACAAUUAAAUUUAAUUAAGUAUGGAGAAAGUAAUGAAAUUCAGAUUUAUGAAUUAAAAUAUAAAUAAUAAUGAGUAAUAAAAUUAGAAGUCAUAAUAUAAAUGACUAUUACCAUGAUCGAUUGGAUUCAUCUUUCAAUAAUGUCAAUAUCUCAUUCAUAAGUACACUUCGAGCACCAAUUUAAACUAAUGAUUUAAAUAAAACUGUUCAUGACAUUCCAAGUUGUUUUGGUCGAAAGACUCUUUCAAUGGAGAAACGUCAUACUACUAAAGAUAUAGAAAAAUUAGGAAAUAUUUCAAUAGUAUCAUAUUAAUCUAAAUAGAGUAUGAACACUUGAUACGUAAUAGAAUAGGAAUUAAACCACAUCUAGGUUCUAUAAUUUUCGAAACAUCUCUACGUAAUAAUAAGAAGCGUUCAAUCUCAUAAAAUUAAGAACAUAAACCUUAAAAGAUAAUAACAAAAGAAAGAACUAUAUUACCUAAAGUACUUAAAGAUGCCUUUAUAGAAAUUUAAGAAAAAAACAUCAAUUAAUUUAUUCAUUGUCUAAGAGAAGAAGGUUAAGGUACAAUAGGACCAGCUUAAGUAGAAUGGGUAACUUCAUUAAAAUCAGAAAGAAAAAAGAAAAAAAAGAGAUGA